CGGGGACUUUGACGACUUCGCUCGCGACAGCCGAGAGUCGCGGUUCUCCCUAGCAUGUAGCAGUAGCACGUAACUACACCAUAUCCAAACUUCUCGAAAGGGGUUGUCUGUCUCCAUCCUGAAUUCACACAACCCAUUUCUGACUUGUUUAUCUGUGCGAACGACUGCUCUUUUGCUGUCUCCAUUGCUUCACCUUGACUGUCCUACGUACACCUCUCCCCGGCAAACCUGAAUUCCGAGCAGUGCGCACCACGCCACCGGUCCGUCGUCGCUAGAUAGAUAGCAUCGCCCAUUCCCACCGACGAGGACAACCAUGGCGUACGUUCCUAUACCGCGCAACAACUACUCGACCGCCACGCCCGGCGAAGACUUCGAUGCAUCCGGCUCGCGAAGCUCCUCACUAGGUCUCCCGCCACCCCCACCGCCACUUCACAUCUCAGCGAUCCCAGCUCGGCUAUCGCUCGAUCAUCACCGCGACAGCGACGGCGGUGGCAGCAGAGGCAUAUACGAUCUGUCGAGCAUAUCGGCAGUAGUGCAGCGACUGGAUUCCCACGACGGGCGCGACGAAAGCGACAGCGGAAGAUCGUAUGAACUGGUAUCGCGGCACGAUGCGGAUGGCGAGGGGCACUUUGGGAGCGGGCCUGAUACGCGGAAGAGUUCGGGGGUGCUGGUGGACAGGUCUGUCGGCGUCGGAGGAGGCUCCACGCCAGCCUCGCCUUUGGUAGUCGUGAACCAUGGAAGGGAUGACGCCUCGCAAUUGGAUGGAAAUCCUGAUCGGGCAUGGCAGUGUGUCUCAGUUGGUUCAGACACGGCACGGGAGCGCCAGGACGGUGCAGAGGGAGCUGCUGCGCGUGGGAAUCACCAUCAACGUUGGGACAACGAAUCGCAAUAUAUCCACCCCGCCCUGCGAGCACCGACACCGAACGAAGCGCAAGAACGUCCUUAUUCCGCCGGCGAUUUCUUCAAGGAUUUUGACGGCGUGCAUUACUCAGCUUCCGAAGCUCCGCUUCCACCUGCUUCCGCGCCCCCCGCUCCUCCGCAUACCGACCACCGUUACGCCCACCCGCAGCAGCGUGCCUCCGUCUCACAGCCACGGCCUCAAUCGCGUGCGACUCUAAACCACGAUACCCAUUCCGAAUCCUCGCGGGACUCGGGCUUCGUGUUCUAUCCCGCGCCUGUACCGGCGGUCCUUAACCUGCCCCCUUUAAUGGCAAAGGACACCAAAGCACGGAACCGCUUCUCCAAAGUCCAGAAGCGAGCCAGUCAGCAAGUACUCUCGGACGCAAUUUCGACCGGAGAUCCAAGCGGCAAUAACCGGCGAUCGUUGACGUUCGACGCAUUGGCCGCUCCUAACGCUGACGCCUCUACUACACCGCUGGCCGAGAAUAGAAAGUCGACCGCACUCGACGACACUCGGCGACACUCUCAUCUUCCUCCUGCUCUGAGAGCUUCCGCCUUCUUCGACAGCAUGAAUUCCGCACCCACAAUCGCGCCGGAGCUUAAGGAGGCAUCGGCGGUUGCAACCCUCGACUCGAUUCUAGACGCGUCCGCAAAUGCGCCCCCUGCUGCGUUUACGGAUCACCCAAUGACGGGCACGGAAUCCAGCACACACCUUUCGGCGCCACACCGUAAUGAUUACCGCAAUUCUGUCGCCAUGACGGUGAUGCUGCAUCCGGGGGAGUCGCCACGAUCGUCAAUGGACGGUGGAGAGCGGGGCGAUAGCACGCCGCUGCGCACCUCGCGUUCCUUUGAAGCCGCAUCGAACAAUGCGGAUCCAGCACUUAACGCCCUGCCGACUACACUUCUUGCAGAGCUCGAGUCGAGAAAGAUGCAGCUAAAAUCACGGAAUCGAACCGCCGCCUCAGCGUUUCCCACCGGUAUCCGGAGUACACUGUUAGAACUCGACGCGGUGGCACAAGUGCAAGCGCAGUCUCGCCGGGCGAAACGGACAACGCUCGCAUGGGAGGACCCGGAGGAUGGAGAUGGAAACGAGGAUGAGGACGUGCCCCUGGGGCUACUGUACCAAGGACAGGCAGCGCAGAAGGCGCAAAGGGGUGGCGGCAGAGAUGAAGAUGUCCCGCUGGGUCUACUAAUGCAGAAGGCGAUGGAAGAUUCCGAGCCGCUUUCGCGGCGUCGCGAUCGGCUACGGCAGCAGAACGGCGGACCACCAUCGUCGUCCGUGCCUGCGCCCAAGAUUCCGCCUUUGGAGGAGACGGAAGAGGAAGAGGAGACGCUCGCCCAGCGUCUUAAGCGCCUACGUGAAAAGAAGGAGAAGCGCGCUAGCGCCUUUGGCGACGGAAGCUUGGAGUUAAGCUUUGAUACGUCUGCGCCACCCCCGCCACUGCCGGAGGAGGAGACAUUGGGGCAACGGCGGAAACGGCUGCAGGAUGAGGAGGAGCGUCGACGGCUGGCGGAGGAUGCGAAGGUCGUCCAGGCUGAGGUACGGAAGAGGAAUAGUAUGUCCACUAUGCUCAGUCAGCAACACCUCGGUGCCGGAAUGAUGGGACGGAGCAUGCCAAUGCUGAUGCAGCGACCCGGAAGCAUGGGCGGGUUGGGUACGGGUGGUGGUGGUGGUGGUGCUGGCGGGCUGAUCCACCAGGCGGGCGCAGGCGGUAUUUUGAGGCCACAAAUGAGCAUGGGGAACAUAGCUGGGGGCGGGAUGGGCGGGAUAGGAAUGCAGGGGAUGGGAAUGCAGGGGAUGGGUGGCAUGAGCGGCAUGGGCGGGUAUGGAGCCGCCAACGGCGGCGCCAUGGGAAUAACCGGUAUGGGAGGCAUGGGCAUGAUGGGCGGAGGAGCUGCGGGCGGAGCGAUCCCGAUGACCCCGCAGGAAAUCGCCAUGAAUAACAAACAGCGCGAGAUGAACGAAAAGGCCGACGAAUGGGUAAAACUGGCAGCUGACAACCUGACCGCUCGCGGAGUGGAGAUCACCCGCUACACGUACAGCAAGUGGGAAGAAGCCAAAGAAUGGACCGACGCACGAGUCACCAACAAGAAGUACCGUUUCAGCAGAAAAUCUGGCCAGAGACCAGACCCGACCCCGGCCAAGGCCCCCAAGCGCCUGGUCUCGAGGUUUCACCAGCCGAAGAUCGAUUCAAGAUUCGGGACCUCUUCGCAGACGGGCGGUGCAGCCUGGCCAUUCUAG